CGUUCCAUCUCUAUGCGUAUUACAAACUUUUUUUUUUUGCGAAAAUAUUAACAAACAUUUUGCAAGCGGAGCCCCAUUGAGAUAAUCUCAUGUGUGGCCGAGCCUGAAGCAACUGAAUUUCCCGCUAGAGCCGUUACACCGAACUCUUCAAUAGCCUCAUCGAACCGCCAACGGGAGCCGGUGGAGGAGGAAAAGGAAACAGCCGGCAAAUCGCAAGAAAAAGUAGUCAUCACUUAUAUUUAGGCCAUGAAGAGUGUACUGAUGGUGGCCGAGAAGCCCUCGCUGGCUGCCUCGCUAGCGGCGAUUCUCUCCAAUGGGCGCAGCACACCGAAAAGGGGGACUGGAAACGGUUGCUCCACUCACGAGUGGACCGGCAACUUCCGCAACGAGGGCUCGGUUCAUUUUCGGAUGACAUCGGUGUGCGGGCACGUUAUGUCGCUGGACUUUAUCAGCAAGUACAACUCCUGGGACAAGGUUGAUCCCGUGGAGCUCUUCGGCUGUCCCACCGAGAAAAAGGAGACGAACCCCAAGCAGCACAUGCGCACGUUCCUGGCGCACGAGGCCAGGGGCUGUGAUUUCCUGGUCCUUUGGCUGGAUUGCGACAAGGAGGGCGAGAACAUUUGCUUCGAGGUGAUGGACGCUGUCCAGAGUGUUAUCCACAAUGUCUACAGUCGGCAGGUGACUUUCCGUGCCCACUUCUCGGCCAUUACCGAUAAGGACAUCAAGGGCGCCAUGGAAACGCUGGGCCAUCCGAACGAGAACGAGGCCAAGUCGGUGGAUGCGCGCCAGGAGCUGGAUUUGCGUAUCGGGUGCGCCUUCACCCGCUUCCAGACAAAGUUCUUUCAGGAUCGCUACGGCGACCUGGACUCGUCCCUCAUCUCCUACGGUCCCUGUCAGACACCCACGCUCGGCUUUUGCGUGAAACGGCACGACGACAUCCAGACCUUCAAGCCGGAAAGCUUCUGGUAUCUGCAGCUACUCGCCGGCCAGCCGGAGUUUACCUUGGAGUGGGCGCGCGGUCGUGUCUUCAAGAAGGACAUUGCCAUCACGCUCCUGAACCGCGUCAAGGAGCAGAAGGAAGCCACGGUGGAGAGUGUCAGCAGCAAAGAGGCCUUCAAGAGCAAGCCCCAGGCCCUCAACACCGUGGAACUGAUGCGGAUCUGUAGUUCGGGACUGGGCAUUGGUCCCUUCCAGGCCAUGCAGAUCGCCGAGCGGCUCUACACUCAGGGCUACAUCAGUUAUCCGCGUACGGAGACCAAUCAGUAUCCGGCCAAUUUUGAUCUGCCGGCGGUGCUCCGGGUCCUGCAGCCGUCCGGGGAUUUUGGUGACGAGGCUAGGACCAUCUUGGGGGAUCUGCAGACACCGCGCAAGGGCAAGGAUGCCGGCGACCAUCCCCCGAUCACGCCCAUGAAGCUGGGCAGCCGCAGUGACUUUGAUCGCGACACCUGGCGUGUCUACGAGUUCAUCUGCCGGCACUUCAUGGGCACGGUGUCGCGGGACUUGAAGUACCGCACCACAACGGCAAAGCUGCGAGUAGGCCUGGAGACGUUCUCCUGCACGGCGAAUGUACUGCUGGAUGCUGGAUUCACCAAGGUCAUGACCUGGCAGGCCUUUGGCCGCGACGAACCCAUGCCGCCGUUCGUCCAGGGCACCCAGGUGGCCAUCAAUGAUGUCCGGCUGGCGGAAAGUCAGACGGGGCCGCCCGACUACCUCACCGAGGCGGAGCUGAUCACCCUGAUGGAACAGCACGGCAUUGGUACGGACGCCUCCAUACCGGUGCACAUUAACAACAUCUGCCAGCGCAACUAUGUGCGCAUCGAGAAUGGACGCAAGCUGAUACCCACCACACUGGGCAUUGUCCUCGUCCAUGGCUAUCAAAAGAUCGAUCCGGAACUGGUGCUGCCCACCAUGCGUUCGGAGGUGGAGCGGAUGCUCACCCUCAUUGCCCAGGGAUCGGCCGAUUUUCAGGAUGUGCUCCGGCACGCCAUCAAGAUCUUUAAGCUCAAGUUCAUGUACUUUGUGAAGAACAUUGCCAACAUGGAUGCCCUGUUCGAGGUGUCCUUCUCGCCGCUGGCCGAGUCGGGGAAGGCGCACUCCCGCUGUGGCAAGUGCAGGCGCUACAUGAAGUACAUACAGACCAAACCAGCUCGUCUCCAUUGCUCGCAUUGCGACGAAACCUAUUCCCUGCCCAUCGGGAAUGUGAAGGUCUACCGUGAGUUCAAGUGCCCGCUGGAUGACUUCGAUCUGCUGGCCUUCUCGACGGGCGUCAAGGGGCGUUCGUAUCCGUUCUGCCCGUACUGCUACAACCAUCCGCCGUUCAGCGAUAUGCCCAAUCUGGGGGGCUGCAACACCUGCACCCACGCCACCUGCCCCCACUCCCUGAACACCCUGGGCAUUUCCGGAUGCGUUGAAUGCCCCACCGGUGUCCUAGUGCUCGACUGCACCCUGGCGCCCACCUGGAAGCUGGGCUGCAAUCGCUGCGACGUCAUCAUCAACUGCUUUAAGGGUGCCACCAAAGUCACAGUCGAAGAGGCCAAGUGCCAGGAGUGCGGCGCCCAGCAGGUGACCGUCGUCUACAAGUCGGACAAGAGCAAGUUCAAGGACGGCAGCGAGGAGAAGAGCGGCUGUGUCUUCUGCUCGGCGGACUUCUCCCACCUGGUCGAGAAGCAUCGGGCGGUGGCCUCGCGACCUGUACGCGGCGGUGGAUCCCGUGGCGGUAAGGCUGGUCGUGGCGGCGGUGCCGGCGGACCGGCUGCUGUGGGUGGAGCCGUGGCUGCUGGCGGUGGUCCAGGUGGCGCUGGAGGCGGUGGGCGUGGCGGACGGGGUGGCCGACAGCCCAAGGAUAAAAUGGCCCAGCUGGCGGCGUAUUUCGUUUAAAGAAGUAAGGAGGAGCCUGCAUUUAAAUUAAAAAAUAAAAAAAAAGUCAAGAAAAACCACAAAACCGAAUAAAAGAAACGAAAACUGUAU